CAGCGUGCCGCCGCCGCCGCCGCCGCCGUAAUCUUCAGCCUUUUGUUUUGCUUCGUCGAGAUAGGCGAGCGGUUCUUCAUCCUUCAGGCAGAUCUUAGGUCAGAUUCAAGGUUCAGGAAGUGGUUGUGGACGGAGAAGAGGAGGCAUUUCGUUUUGUUCACUCAGAGACGUAUCUUGUUCACGAGUAAAAGUAUAAUCUGGAGCUAGAAGCUAGAGAAUCAUAUCAUCCCAACCAUGAUCAAUUUUGACUAGAUCAUCUUCUCUGCAAACAAAUACAAGAAUCUGCAGUGGUUCGACAUGACGAAGAAACACAAACUUAGGAAGUCCAAACAUAUUCUGGAGAACAAAAAGGAUGUCGAUGAUAAUGUAGAAAACAUUCUACGGAUGAUAGGCGAGGAUAACGAAUCAGCUGAGAACGAACCCUCAGAUGAUUCUGGAAAUGCCUUCAAGAAAUCGAAACUUUCCUCCCUUGUAAAGGGCUUCCAUGAAGAAUAUGAGUAUCUUCACAAGCACUACAAGCAGUUAAUUGGUAAACUAGAAAAUGUUGGGCACAGUUCCAGUGAUUCGGAUUCAUCUGAUUCAGACGACGAGGAAGACGGAUCACACAAUGAUGCAGUUAGUGAAGAAAAUGGCUGGAAACAGAAGCUUGUUGAAGAUCCCCAAGGCAAAGAACAAAGUCUGGAAGUAGAAAUUCAGAAGCUGAAGAAAAACACAGAAGAACAAGCAAAGGAAAUAUCUGAUCUGAAGGAACUGCUGGAUAGAGCAAUCAAGGAUAAAGAAGCUACAAGGCUAGAGUUAAGCUCAGAUUUCGCAAAUUUGUCAUCUGAGAAUGAAAAUUUAAAACUAUUGGUCGAUACUGCAGAGAGGGAGACAGGAGAAUCACACAAAACAAUAGCACUGAUGGAGAAUGAGAUCAGGACAUUGUCUGUUGAGAAACAAGUUGUUGAAAAGGAGAGAGAUGGCCUGAAGAUUUCAGUAGUAGAUCUGGAGAACAAGAGGGUAGAUUUGAGCAAUCAGCUGCAAGAUACAAUGGAGAAAUGUACCUUCUUGUCAUCCCAACUCGAGAAGGCCCAGCUAACUGAGAAAGAAGUGCAGACCUUGUUAUCAGAAAUUGAGAUGAUGAAGAAUGAGAAGUUGAUGCUCUCUAGGGAGAAUGAUAACCUGAAAGUUUGUGAGAAGAAUUUAGAUACUGAAUGUUCUCAACUGAAGGCAACUAUCGCGGAAACAAAAGCUGAAAACAACACAUUGACUGAAGAAAAACAUUUACUUGAGAGCAAACUUCAACUUUUAGGGGUGAAUAUAAAUGGUUUGAUCGCAGAGAAAGAGGAACUAAUGAACAAUAUGAACAUAGAACGUGGAGCUGCAGGAGAAGAAAAAGAAAGAUUAGUAUCAGAACAUUCCAAGUGUCUACAUGAGUUGGAUAAGGCACAGUCAAGUCUCAAGGAACUAGAAUCAACAAAUGGUGCUUUGAACGAUGAAAUUGCAGCAAUACAAGAAGAGAAAAUUGCUCUGGCAUCAAAGUUACAGCAGCUAGAAGCUUCUUUUAAGAAUCUUGGUAAUGAGUUGGAACAGGAACUUGAGCGGAUUUCAGUUAUGCAGAAGAAUAAUGAAGACCUGGAGUCAGUGAAUUCCAAUUUACAAAAUGAGCUUGCAACGGUGCAAGGACAAAAGGAUGUAGCUGUUGCUUCUACUGUUGAGCUUGGUAAUAAGUUAGAAGAGCAAAACCAACAAAUUAUAAAUCUUCAGGAAGCCAUUGAAAACCUUGAAGCAGCAAAGAGCAAUAUGUACAACGAGGUUACAGUACUCCAAGAGGAAAAAAAUGCAGCACUCCUACAGGUACAAGAGCUGGAUGCUUGUCUUAAGAAUCUGGAAAGUGAGCUUGAACAGAAACAGAACCAAGUUUUAGCUCUACAGAAAGCUAAUGAAGAAUUACUAGAGAAAAGUUCUAGCUUGGAGAGGCAGUUGGAGGAGGCUAGAAGUACGCUGCAGGAUGAGAUCAUUGCGCUACAAGGAGAGAAGGAAAAAGUGCUCGAUAAUUUGCAGCAGUCAAACACCUCAAUUAAGACCCUUGGAGAGGAGUUAGAAAAGCAGAGAGAACAUAAUUCUAUCCUGCAGCUCGCCAGUGAAGAUCUGCACAAGAGUAUCGCUAACCUGGAGAAGGAACUUGAAGACAACAAGGUUAGUUCUCAUGCUGAAAUUUUAGAACUACAAGAACAGAAGAACAAAGCACUUUCAGACUUGCAGCAGUCUGAGGUUUCAAUCAAGAAUCUUAGAAUGGAGUUAGAGCAAGGAAGAGAGGAAAUUUCAAUCUUGCAUCUAUCUAAUGAAGAUAUGAAGGAUAACAAUGAUAGGUUGAACCAGCAAUUGGAGGAGACAAGGACUAGUCUUCAUGCUGAUAUUGCAGCAUUACGUGCUGAGAAAGACACAGCUCAAAUAGAGUUGCAGCAGUCUCUGGCUUCUGUGAGAAACUUCGAGACUGUGAUAGGAAAGCAAACAGAGAGCCUUUCAAGCCUACAGCAAGCUAAUGAUGACUUGAAGAAGAACAAUCAUACCUUGACCGAGCAGUUUGAAGUAAUCAAGAUUGAGUUGCAGGAGGAGGUUACGAUGGCACAUGAAGAGAAGGAUGCCACACUAACACAACUAGAGAAGUCAGAAGAUUCUAUCAAGAAGCUUGAAAGUGAGAUGGUGCAGCUGAAGGAGGAACUUUCAAUUCAGAUGGAAAACAAUUCCAGCCUGAAUAAGCAGUUGGAGGAAGCAAUAUUGAAAGUGUCAAACUUAAAUGAGGAGCUCAAGACUGUUCAAGCUGAAACUGCCAGUAAAAUUAAUGAAAUGAGCGCUAAUACAAAAGAUCUGGUGAAAACAAUUGAUCUAUUAUCUUCUCAGAAGAUCAAAGUGGAGGAGAAUAUGAAAAUUAUUACUGAAGCAUGCAUGGAAAAAUUAUCGUUUAUGAAAGAUUUCGAAGAUCAAGUAAAGCAAAAGGUUACAGAUCGUGAGAUAGCAAUUGCUUGCCUCCAACAGAGCCUCAGAGGAAUUGUUGGCAGCUGCCAGAGCCUCCAAUAUGCAUAUGGAGAGGUGUCCACAAGGGCGUCGCACCUUGAGGUACUUAGGAGGAAUCACAUUGAGCAGAUAGAUAAACUGGAGGACAAAUACAAAGAAAUUCUAGAGAAACAUCGUCAUUUAGAGGAGGACAAUGUAUAUGCAAAUAAAGAAACCAGAAAACUACAAAAUCAUGUCCAAGAACUUGAAGCUCAGCUCCAGCUAGCCAAGCAGAAGCUUAGAGUUACCGAGGCAGAGAGCAAAAGCAAAGAAGACAGCUAUGUGAUGACAGUGCAAACAUCACAUAGAGAGAUCCAGUGUCUUGAACAGAAAAUACAGAAUUUUUGUGGACAGAACAGCUUGCUGGAACAAACUCUUGUACAAAUGAAAGGAAAUGCCGAGUCCGGAAUCUCCACACUAGUUGAUCACUUGGAUGAGCUAGAAUCACAUUUCAAUAACAGUUUUUCCAAAUUCUCUGCCCGUUCAUUUGCAUGCACUGAAGAGCUCGAGCUCUUAAGGAACAGGUUACAUCACCAUCUUGCUGAACAGAAAGAAUUGGUCAAGGAGAAUGAUGAGCUGUGUACUAAGUUGAGAGAGAAAGAAAAUGUUUUGUCAGAGAUGGUGAGAAGUGCUUCGGAGGCGAAUGAAAAGAUGGCUCAGCUUGAGAAGACAAUUGAUGACAAAGAAGAAGAGUUAUCAGCUAGGGUGCAAGAGAAAAGAGAAGCUAUCAAGCAAUUGAGUGAUGCGAUUAUUUACCACAAGAACAACAGUGAUGAUCUGGUCCGCUACAUUCGCAAUUAUAACCGCCCUCGUCUUCCAUUUUGUUUCUAAUUUUGGUUACCAAAAAGGUAAUGUGUGUAGAUGUAAAGCUUGUGUAUAUUCUAGUAGCUUUGAACUGCCGCAGAGAGGGAACCAUUGCCAGAUUUUUUUUUCUCCUCAUGUAUCAUAUAAAGUUCUCAAAUACUCAUGGAAGCAGUCAAACAGAUUGGCCUUUAUUCUUUGUUGGCAGCUGGAACUGCUGAACAUAUUUGUGUUGUUCUUUGCUCGUGUCA